UCUAAACCCUAGCUUACUUCCUUCGCAAUUUCAUUUCUCCUCUGUUUCUCACUUCCUCACGUCGACCGCGCUGUCGCACCUCACCGGCGUUUUUUUCUUCUGCCGCUGCUGAUCGCCGGCAACACCUCCACUGCCACUUUUCUUUCUUCUCUCUCUGCCCCAAGUUCACGGCGCCACUCCAACCCCAUCUCUCUGUCGCAGCCCCUCUAUCUCUCAGCCGCUCGCCGCCGUGAUCNUUUUUUUUUUUUUUUUUUUUUUUUUUUUUUUUUUUUUCGGAUUAACCGCCCUCAAAUUUGGAAUUGGGUCAGUGUUUGAUUUAAAAUCCUGGCCAAUCGGUUUUACUUUGGACAAUUUUUUUGGGAUGAAUACAGAUUUCCAAUUAGACUGAAUUUCAAUCGCCAGCUUUGUUAAUGUGAUUUUCUAUUUGCUGGACGAAGCUCUCCCAGAUUCCCAAUCCCAUUUGCUAGCUUCCUCAAUAUCUCUCUAUCUUCACUAGCUGACUUUCUUCACUUCUCUCUGGAUAGCUGACUUCGAAGAUAGGGUAUUCGGGGUGCAAUUGUUGGUGGUUUACGGUUUCAAUUUGCUGAUAUACCAAUGGGUCGAAAGAAGCCUACUGCACGGGAUGAUGACGGCGCCCCUGCGGCAGCCCAGGGUGGUGGGAAGUCGAAGAAGAAGACAUUUGCAGUAGAUGACGAUGAGUACUCUAUUGGAACGGAGUUGACUGAAGAAGCCCAAGAUCAGGAGGUCAAGGUCGUGAUAACGGGGAAGAAGAAGGGUAAGAAGGGCAAUUCGAAAGCUUCACAACUUAAAGAAGAUGAUGAUGAUGAUGUGGAUGAUGUUUCUGAAAUUGUUAUCACCGGGAAGAAGAAGGGUAAGUCGAAGAAGGGUGGAAGUAGCAGUGCUUUUACUGCUUCCAGUUUUGGUUUGCUUGAGGAGGAGGGAAAGGAUGGCGCUAAUGAUGAUGACGAUGAUGAUGAAUCUGUGUUGACAGCAGAAAAGGAUGAUGAUGAAGAGGAAGAUUCUGUGAUCAAAUUUUCAGGUAAGAAGAAGUCGUCGAAGUCUUCGAAGAAGAGUGGGUUUUCUGCAGUGUCAGCAUUCGGUGCCCUCGAUGAUGAGAAAGACGAAGAUGUAAUUGAUGAUGAGAAUGAAGAGAUUGAUGAUGAGCCUGUUAUUUCAUUUACAGGUAAGAAGAAGAAGUCAUCACAAGGUGGUAAGAAGGCCGGGAAUGCAUUUACAGGUUUUAGUGGUCUUGAUGAUGAAGAUGAGGACAGAAAUGAUGAUAUGGAUGAUGGUGAAGAUGUUACUACAAUUACCUUCUCUGGUAAGAAAAAGAAGUCCUCUAAGGGUUCAAAGAAGAGUGGAAAUUUGUUUAGUGCAGCAUUAGCAGAUGAGGAAAAUGAUGGUGAUGAUUCUAUUUCAAAGCCAGAUAAGUUAGACAUUGAUGGUGUUGAAGAAGACGAUGUCAAUGUUAUUUCAUUUUCUGGCAAGAAAAAGUCCUCUAAGAAGAAAAGCAGCAGUACUUUUACUGCAUUAAGUGAUGAAAAUGCGCUUGGCGAUGAAAUACUUAAUACAGCAAGUAGCAAUCUUGAUUCUGAUUCAUCUAAAGCUAAGACGGAAGCGGUGGCUGAAUCUUCAAAAAAUAAAAGGAAAAAGAAGAAGAGCGGAAGGACUGCUCAAGAAGAAGAUGAUUUGGAUAAAAUUCUUGCUGAGCUAGGAGAGGGGCCAGCUACAUCAAAACCAGCAGACCCUCCUCUUUCUUCACAAGAGGCUAAAGUUGAGAGCCAACCUAAGAGCCAACCUGAGGUUGUAGCUCCUCCUGAAAAGGAAGUGGAAGAAGAAAGCACAGAAUCUGCUGCAGCAAGGAAGAAGAAAAAGAAAAAGGAGAAAGAGAAGGAAAAAAAGGCUGCAGCUGCGGCAGCAGCGGCUGCUGAAGGGAAUGAUGAGAAAAUCGAGGAGGUGAAGACUGAAAUUAUUGAACCCAAAAAAGGUGCUGCGAAGGGUAAAGUGGUAGAGAAGAAAGUGCCAAAGCAUGUUAGGGAGAUGCAAGAGGCAAUGGCUAGAAGAAAGGAAGAAGAAGAGCGAAGGAAAAGGGAAGAAGAAGAGAAAUUGAGAAAGGAAGAAGAAGAGAGACGUAGACAAGAAGAACUUGAAAGGCAAGCUGAGGAGGCGAAGCGUAGGAAAAAGGAAAGAGAAAAAGAGAAGCUCCUACGGAAGAAACAGGAAGGCAAGCUGUUAACAGGGAAACAAAAGGAAGAACAACGGAGGCUGGAGGCAAUGAGGAAUCAGAUAUUAUCAAAUGCAGGGGGCUUACCUCUGUCUACAUCUGACCCCAGUGCACCAGCUAAACGACCAAAAUACCAGACAAAGAAGACAAAACCAGCCCACCAUCAAACAAAUGGUAGUGCACAGACUAAGGUAGUGGAACAUGUAGAAGAAAGAAUACAAGAAAAAGAUGUGGCAGAGACUGAAAUAUUGGAAUCUGAGAAGAUUGAAGCUGUUGAGUCGACGCUUGAGGAGGAAAAAUCAGAUACUAUUGAGGCUACUGUAGAUAAUGAAAUUCAAGAAGACGAGGAUGAUGAUGAAUGGGAUGCAAAGAGUUGGGAUGAUGCUGUUGUUGAUCUUUCCUUAAAAAGUUCUUUUGCUGAUGAGGAGCUGGAGUCCGAAUCUGAGAAUGGCAUGAAAAAAGAUAGAAAGAAUAGUGCUCCAACUUCAGGCGGUGCAGUUGCCAAGCCAGCUUCCCCUGCCCAAAAAAGUUUACCUUCUCAGCCUAUAAAAUCUCAAGAUAUUGAAAAUACAAAGAAGCAACAUGAGGUUGAAGUUGUCGACAAGGGCAAAGGAAAAGAUGAUGCUGUUAAGAAAAAAACUUCAAUUCCGGAUGCUACUCCUAAACAACAGGAAGAAAAUCUCCGCUCACCCAUCUGUUGUAUUAUGGGGCAUGUUGAUACUGGUAAAACCAAGCUACUGGACUGUAUUCGUGGUACAAAUGUUCAGGAGGGAGAGGCAGGAGGAAUUACUCAGCAGAUUGGGGCUACAUAUUUUCCUGCUGAGAACAUUCGUGAAAGAACUAGGGAAUUGAAAGCUGAUGCAAAGCUGAAGGUUCCUGGCCUACUUAUUAUUGAUACCCCUGGGCACGAAUCGUUUACAAACUUGCGUUCUCGUGGUUCGGGUUUAUGUGAUCUUGCAAUUUUGGUUGUUGACAUCAUGCAUGGCUUAGAGCCACAAACAAUAGAAUCUCUUAAUCUCUUGAGGAUGAGAAACACAGAAUUUAUUAUUGCCCUGAAUAAGGUUGACAGACUUUAUGGGUGGAAAACAAUCCGCAAUGCACCUAUACUUAAGACAAUGAAGCAGCAAUCCAAAUAUGUGCAGAAUGAGUUCAAUAUGAGGCUUAUUCAGAUUAUUACUCAAUUUAAAGAGCAAGGAUUAAAUACCGAGCUUUAUUAUAAAAAUAAAGAAAUGGGGGAGACUUUCAGUAUAGUACCUACAAGUGCUGUUACUGGUGAAGGUAUUCCCGACAUGUUACUACUAUUGGUGCAGUGGGCCCAGAAAACCAUGACGAAGAAACUUACGUAUAGUGAUGAAGUGCAGUGUACGGUCUUAGAGGUCAAGGUUGUUGAAGGCCAUGGAACAACUAUUGAUGUCAUAUUGGUUAAUGGUGUGCUGCAUGAAGGAGAUCAAAUAGUUGUUUGUGGCAUGCAGGGCCCAAUUGUUACUACUAUUCGAGCCCUAUUGACGCCUCAUCCAAUGAAGGAACUCCGAGUGAAGGGAACAUAUCUGCAUCAUAAGGAAAUCAAGGCUGCUCAGGGAAUAAAAAUAACUGGACAGGGUCUUGAGCAUGCCAUUGCUGGAACCAGUCUUCACGUGGUAGGUCCUGAGGAUGACUUGGAAGACAUUAAGGAUUCAGCAAUGGAAGAUAUGAAGUCAGUUUUGAGCAGGAUAGACAGGUCUGGUGAGGGAGUCUGUGUUCAAGCAUCUACACUUGGUUCCUUGGAAGCAUUGUUGGAGUUUUUGAAGUCCCCAGCAGUGAGCAUUCCUGUUAGUGGAAUUAGUAUAGGACCCGUUCAUAAAAAAGAUGUCAUGAAAGCGAGUGUAAUGCUUGAAAAGAAAAAAGAAUAUGCCACUAUUUUGGCUUUUGAUGUUAAAGUGACUCCAGAAGCUCGAGAACUUGCAGAUGAGCUUGGUGUGAAGAUUUUUAUUGCUGAUAUCAUCUAUCACUUGUUCGACCAAUUCAAGGCCUAUAUCGAUAAUCUUAAAGAGGAAAAGAAGAAAGAAGCUGCUGAGGAAGCAGUCUUUCCUUGUGUUCUUAAGAUUUUACCAAAUUGCAUUUUCAACAAGAAGGAUCCAAUUGUGUUGGGGGUGGAUGUGGUUGAAGGCAUUGCCAAGGUUGGCACACCAGUUUGUAUUCCUCAAAGAGAAUUUAUUGACAUUGGUCGCAUUGCAUCUAUUGAAAAUAAUCACAAACCUGUUGAUUAUGCAAAGAAAGGGCAGAAGAUUGCCAUUAAGAUAGUCGGGCACUCUUCGGAGGAGCAGCAAAAGAUGUACGGCAGGCAUUUCGACUUGGAGGACGAACUCGUCAGCCAUAUAUCAAGGAAGUCCAUUGACCUUCUCAAAGCCAAUUAUCGGGAUGACUUGUCCACGGACGAGUGGAGACUGGUGGUAAAAUUGAAGAACCUUUUCAAGAUUCAAUGAGAAGAACGAACCAUCAACUUGUGUGGUUUGCAACUUUUCAAACAGCUGGUUCGGGUCCGGUGUCGUUGGAUUGAUACGAUGAAGAUACAGAGGAAAGGUGGGGAGGAGGCAAGAACAGGUUGUUCCUUGAAAAGAACAGCUGUGCCUGCCGAGUUUGAGUUUUAUGGAAUGAAUGAUGAUUGUUGAAUUCAAUUCAUCAAAGGUGAGAAGGUAUGCGGCAUAACAUAACACUAUUUUUGUUGAAUGAGAAAGCUAUCAAGCAAUCGAACUGUGAAAUGUUCUCUCAUUCUUAUGGAAUAUCAUUGAAUACCUAAGUUUUGAUGUGAUUACCUAUAGAGAUUUUUGUUUUUUUGGUAUGAAAUAAGUGAUUGCGUGAUCAAGAUCUGUAAUUA